CUGAAGGAAAGGGGUUGAUAUGAUUUAUCCUGAUAAAAAUACAUCACUGGAAUUUUUCUUUUCCUUUUUCUAAGAUCAGUGAUAAGAGCAACUGAGCCACCACCAAAGGCUGCCAUGGCUGGUAGAUUCUCCAGAAGAGAAAUUGAAGAACUGAAGGCCGUUGUUGAGAGAGGAAACCUCACGGCAGCAGCUGCUGAACUUCAGGAGAAGCUGGAAUCAUUAAAAAACACCCCAUUGGACAUAGCCAUCACGGGAGAGGCAGGUAAAGGGAAAUCAUCCUUGGUCAACGCCAUCCUGGGCCUGCAUGAUGACGAUGAAGGAGCUGCUAAGACUGGGGUGACACAAACAACGAUGGAGCCAACGGCUUAUCCACACCCCAGACUCCCAAAUGUGACAAUAUGGGACCUGCCAGGAAUUGGGACACCAAGAUUUCAGGCAGACAAAUACCUUAAUCAGGUAAAAUUCAACAACUACGACUUCUUCAUCAUCGUCAGCGCUACGCGCUUCACUUCCCACCACAUCACCCUGGCUCACGAGAUUCACAAGAUGGGGAAGAGGUUUUACUAUGUGCGCUCCAAAGUGGAUAUUGACUUGAGGGCUGAAAAAAGGAAAAAGAAUUUCAAUGAGGCGAGAACCCUGCAGAAGAUCAGGGAGGACUGCAUAAAGAACCUGAGAGAAGCAGGUGAGGCCUCCCCGCGGGUUUUCCUGCUCUCCAGCUGGGAAUUGGCCAACUAUGAUUUCCAGCUCCUGCAGGAGACCCUGCAGAAUGAGCUGGAUGAUCAGAAGAGACACGUUUUCAUCCUGGCCAUGCCCAACAUCUCGGCAAAGAUCCUGGAGAAGAAAAAGGCUGAACUGCAGGAGCAUAUUUGGGCAGUGGCCCUAUUGUCAUGUGCUAUUGGUGCUGUUCCUGUUCCAGGCCUCUCUCUCGCCUGUGAUGUAGCCAUCUUGGUUUUUCACAUGAAGUGUUACUGCAUGGCCUUUGGCUUGGAUGAUGAGUCUCUCACUAGACUGGCUCAGCAGGUUGGCAAGCCUGUUGCAGAGCUGAAAUCUGCUAUCAAAAAGUCUCCACUGGCCUCAGCCAUAACAAAAGAGUUUGUACUGACUGUACUUUCCAGAUCUCUAUGUGGAGCACUGAUGGUGCUGGAACUUGUUCUGAAUUUUGUACCAGUCCUUGGCUCCCUAGCCGGGGGAGGAAUUUCUUUUGUGACCACGUACUACAUGCUGAAGAGCUUUCUGGAUGAGGCUGCAGAAGAUGCUCAGAAAGUUCUGACCAAGGCUCUUGAACCCAAAGCUGAAGAGUCCAUAUAACAGCACCAAGACCGCCUAUGCAUGCCCACAGAAAACCAGACACACCUGGCCCAGCCCUGUCAGAACCUCUAGACGUGGGUGAGCCCAGCAACAACAAAAUGACACCCUAAACCGACAAACAGCAGAGAGACCGACCAGAUCAGAUCAGACAGGAUUCUGGUGAAUCAAAAGUUUGUCCCUUCCACCAACACUAUAUGUCAGGUUAGAUAGUUUCUUUUCAGGCAAAACUAACUGGGAUGGAACUGGUCUCUAAACCAGUCUAUGAAUCCAGGAGAAAUGUUCUGAGAAGAAGACAAUGCUCCAGUAUCUCUGCUUGGCUCACUCACCCUGGCCUCAUGUGAAACAGAAUCUGUAAACCGAACAGUUUCUACGCAAAAGAAUAAAUGGACACAAAUUGGACAUCAGGAAUCACAACAUUCAAAAACCAGUCAGAGAACACUUCAAUCUCCCUGGUCACUCAAUAACAGACUUAA